AUGGCUCGGAUUGAUAAAGAUUAUUUUGUAAAACGUGCUACUCGUUUGUACGAACGAUGGGUAAGUUUUGUUGAGUGCUAGUAUUGUUUUCUAGGUGUUUUUCAUAUGCUUUUGUUAAUUUUCAGAAUAGUGGAGAAGAUGAAACCCUUAACAAAUUGGACUGUUUAGUAUUUCCUGUCGACACUAAUGAUAACUACUCCAAAACACAGUCACUACAGGUAAAAUUAUCUUUAACAAUCUCAUUUUAUGACAUUUGAAGUAAAAGACUACAAUUUGAGUUUAACCCUUGUAGGUAACUUUAUUGAUUUUUGCUUGUAUACAUGGAUUUUGUAGCCUUUUUUACUUCACAUUUAACUUACGUAUUUUUAGACAUGGCUGUUCAACUGUUCUAUUUUCGACACUUUGUUGGUCAUGAACAAGAAGGGCAUUUAUUUCUUGGGCAGUGAGAAGAAGGCCAGAUUCUUUUCUCCAGUAGAAUCUAAGGAAAACGAUGAAGAAUAUCCACCGUUUAAUAUUCUUCACAGGGAUAAGGUGAGUCAUUGUCUUGUUGUUCUUAUGCUUUUAGGCGACAAAGGAUGCCGGGAACUUUGAAAAGCUAAUCAGUGUGAUCAAAGAAUCUGGAGGAUCUUACGGAUGUUUUUUGAAAGAAACGGAGAAGUUGGAUAGUGAGUUUACCAAGAGUUGGCAGAUGGCUGUGGAAGGAGCCAAUUUGACUGCUGUUGAUAUCAGUCUACCAUUCGCUUUGUUGUUUGCUGUUAAAGAUGAGAAGGAGAUUGUAUUUAUGAGACGGUCGGCUGAAGCUACUGCUGCUGCGAUGAAUUAUGUUAAGAAGAAGCUUGUCACUAUUGUCGACACAGAAAAGGUAAUUAUUUGAGUUUUUAAGCUGUAGUUAUAUUUUUAUAAAAGCGAGGUCUUAUAAUGGAAGAAUAUUUCUCUGGGACAAAGUUACAUAUUAUAAAUUUUGAAGUUUAACGCAUUAUUUAUUACCUUUUACAUGUUUUAGAAAGUGAAACAUAGUCGGCUCGCUGGAGAGAUGGAAAAGAAUAUCGUUUCGAAAGAACUUCAAGGAAGAUUGGCACAGAAUGAAGGAAAUCUGGAGACUUGUUAUACACCAAUUCUUCAAUCUGGUCUGAAGUGUUCGUUGAAGUUCAGUAGCGAGAACAAUGAUCAUAACGUGUCAUAUGGUUCAGUCCCUUGUUGUUUAGGAAUGCGAUAUAUGGUGAGUAUUACUACAGGUUUUUAAAGUCAUAAGCGUUUAGUAUUCACUAUGAAAUACGUGGGUUAAAUUUGAAUUUAUGACUAACUUUUUAGUCAUAUUGUACAAACGUUGCUCGAACUUUGGCGCUGGAGCCUGCUAAAUCAUUUGAAAAAGUAUAUGAUAACUUAUUAAGUAUCCAACAGAAGCUUCUGAAGGAGAUGAGACCAGGGAAUGUCAUCUCGGAUGUUUACAAGAGCACGAUGAAGUUCAUUGAAGACGAAGAACCAGAUCUCCUUCCCUUUAUUGUUAAGAAUAAUUUUGGGUGAGUUGAAUAUUAAAUUUGUUUUACUAUAUGAGUUUUAUGUUGUAUGUUAUAUUUUUGUAAUAUAUGUAACAUUUUUCAGUUUUGUGACUGGAAUCGAGUUCCGUGAUCCUCAAUUUGUAAUCAACGAAAAGUGCAAACAAGUCUUGCAACCAAAUAUGACAUUUGUCGUAUCCAUCGCCGCUCAAAACUUCCCAAACCCCGACUCGAAAAACAGUGAGUACAAAACUACAUCUAUCUGGUUGAGUGACACGAUUCUGAUUACCAAAGAAGGUCCAUGUGAAGUUCUUACUAUGGGAGCUAAGAGCCAGUUCAAGGCUAAUGCUAUAAGACUGAAGAACGACGACGAGGAGAAGGUCCAGGAAGUAAAGCAGGCUAUUAUGGACCAAGGAAGGUCGAAGAGAUCAGUCAUUCUACAGGAACAGACCAGGGUAAGUUAACGUUAAUAUUUGCGUUAAAUUGCAAAUAAUUUUUAUUUAAGAGGAGGAUUAGACUAAUAUAUUUUAGCACAAACAAACCAACGAAGACAGAAGAAGGGAGCAUCAGAAGGAACUGUCAGAACAACUGAAUGCCAAUGCAAAAGCGAGGUUAGAGAAUCUUCCAGGGGAAAAGGAGGAAAGAAAGGUUAAGAAGUCCAACAUUUCCUACAAAUCUGUGGAUCGGUUUCCUAACGAGCCUGAAGUCAACGAUUGUAUGAUAUAUGUUGACAAGCGACAUGACACUAUUAUAUUACCCAUCUUUGGUAUUCCUGUUCCUUUCCACAUAUCUAUGUUGAAGAAUACGAGUUUGGCAAAUGAAGGAGAGUACACUUAUUUGCGUCUGAAUUUCACUCAUCCAGGGUCUCAGAUCGGAAAGGACAACUUCAUGUUCCCCAAUCCGUUGGCGGAUUAUGUGAAGGAAUUGUAAGUUGUCUCUUUAGUGAUAGUUGUAACUCGUUUUGGUAGGCCGAAAAUAAUAUGAAAUAACGUUUACAUAAUGUUACUGUAGGACGUUCCGAAGCAGCAACAUGAAGGAGUUGGGUGAAAUGCACGCUCCGAGUCUAAACCUUCAAACGGCAUAUCGUCUCAUCAAGGAAAUGCAGAAGAAGUUUAGGACUUCAGAAGCUGAAGAACGAGAGAAAGAAGGUGCCGUGAGACAAGAUAAGCUUAUCACAAUGAAGGGAAAUCCGAAACUGAAGGAUUUGUAUGUCAGACCAAAUAUUGUCAAAAGGAUGAGUGGUGUUUUGGAGGCCCAUCAGAACGGUUUCCGAUACACGACACCUAGAGGGGACAAGAUCGACGUACUCUACAACAACAUCAAACAUGCUUUCUUCCAGCCUUGUGACAAUGAAAUGAUUAUACUAUUACAUUUUAACUUAAAGGUGAGUCUUUUUUACUUUUAGGUAAUAUUUAUUUUACCUGAUUGCUUGUUGCGUAUAAUAAUUUGUAUGUUUAGAACCCGGUAUUAUGGGGCAAGAAGAAGUAUUUGGAUAUUCAAUUCUACACAGAAGUCGGUGAAAUUACUACAGAUUUAGGAAAGUAUCAUCAUAUGCAAGACCGAGACGAUAUUGCUAGUGAACAGGUAAGAUAUCUGAUUGUACUUUUGAUUUUGGAGCAACUUUUACAAUAAUAAUCAAAAUAUGACAGAUAGUUAAUUGUUUAAUGGUUCUUUGAAUUUAGAUGGAACGCGAGAUGCGGAAGAAGCUGAACUCGACCUUCCAAAACUUCUGUGACAAAGUUACGAAAGUGACAAACGAAAUGAUCGACUUUGACACUCCGUUCAAUGACUUGGCCUUCAAUGGUGUCCCGUUCAAAUCUUCGGUUUAUUUGAAGCCGACUUCAUCGUGUCUGGUUAAUUUGACUGAAUGGGUAAGUUUUGCCAUUUUAUUUUUAAAGUGGCAUACAAAAAGCACUAUACAUAUACAACUAUUUCCUUCUUUUUUAGCCUCCAUUUGUGGUUACAUUGGACGAAGUUGAAUUGGCUCACUUUGAACGUGUCAGUGGAAACACUCGAACUUGUGAUAUGAUUAUUGUUUUCAAAGACUACUCCAAGAAAACACAAGGCAUAUUCAACAUUCCAGAUCACGCUUUGGAUGGCAUCAAAGAUUGGUUAAAGUAAGUUAUCAUGGAGUUUGAAUUAAUAUUGAUUCAGCUCGUGCGAUAUCCGAUACUCUGAAGGACCAAUGUCUUUGAAUUGGAAUAACAUCAUGAAGAGAGUUAUCGACGAGCCGGAAACUUUCUUUGAAGAAGGUGGUUGGAACUUCUUGUUGGCUGAUUCUGAUGUAAGAAUUUUUUUUAUUUUUAUUAAAGUAGAAUAUCUUUGAUAAAUUGUUUGUUUAGGACGAAAUGGAUGAAGAAGAUUCAGAAGAGAGUGAAUUCGCGCCAACCGAUGAUUCUGAUGUGAGUGGAGAAGAAGAAAGCGAAUCCGACUCUGAAUCCGUCCAAACAACAUCAGAAUCCGAAUCAGAAGCCGAGUUGGAUUCAGAUGAAAGUGAAGGCAAAGAUUGGAGCGAUCUAGAAGAAGAAGCUGCUCAAGCCGACAAGGCCAAGGAACGAGGUGAAGAAGAACCAUCUCGAGGUCACAAGAGAAAGCACGGCAGAGAAAGUGGAGGACAUUCGAGCUCCAAGAAGAAGCGAAGAUGA